AUGAACGCUUUUUCUCGUAUUCACGCCACAUUUCGUAUUGGGGCAUUGGUGAUUUUGUUCCACUUCACUCAGUUAGGUACGUUUCAUAUGCUAGUCUUCGUCUGUUACUUCUAGAGGCGCUUGAUACUUUUUAAUUCUACAUGUGCGCCGAGGAACAUCACCUCAUCAUUAAAUAUGGUCAAUUUGUAUUAGUUUUUGAGUGAAAUCCUGAUGAUUUUGUGGAAUUAAGGGACCAAAUUUUGAGGUUGCUUUUAAAUUUCUGAUUUGUGUGAAAAACUAAAAGAUCACGGGAUGAUUUCAGGGUUUUCGUGUAAAGCCUUAUACAGACCGCCUACUCAAGUUUGCUGUUUUUGUACCACUCUGAUGGAGUAUUCAAUUCGCUCAUGAAAAUCACAGCUUUAAACUAUCAGAACUUAAGUUUUUAUUGUUUUUGUUGCAUUAAGAUCGUUAAGUAAGGUAGCAAGGAUUUCGCUAGUCUCGCUAAAGCCAAUUUAUUUUCGGACAUUGUUUCGAGGUGAUUGCUAUGUCGUGUAUUUACACAUGUGGGUUCGGUCUUUAACGCAGGACGUAGUUUUUAAAGCAGGUAAUCUAGUGUUGACAACUGAUUUGAAAACGUAAAUUGGCCACCGUAUCGAGUUAAAAGGCUGACGUUUCGAGCGUUAGCCCUUCGUCGCUCUGACGUUUAGAGCGUUAGCCCUUCGUCAGAGCGACGUUAGCCGUUUAUCUCUUUAUGGUGGCCAAUUUACGUUUUCAACUCAGUUGUUAACUCUAAAUUACCUGCUAUACUCUCCCACCGACGCAGCACCUCAGUUUCUUUAGAAACUUUACCCCCUUUAUUCUUAGUUUUUUGAAAGUCGUUUGUCCUUGCACUGCCUUUGCGUAAUCUCCUAGCAGUGACCAAAAUUGACUCUCUCCCUCAGAUAUCGAUACAUUUUCAAGCAGAAAGUUGGGAGAAAAAGUGAAAAGAUCGGUAAAGAUUUAAUCGUUUAAUUUAGUACGAAAUUUUCUGAGCUAGAUGUAAAAGAAAUGUAUAUGAACAGCGCAGAGAAGUACUAGUUAGGUCUUAGGGGUGAUAGGGAUAAUUUGCGUCGUGAUAUCGUGAAUCAGGGUUGAUUUACAGAGUGAUUAUUCCAAGCUUAAAAUUCGGAUGGUUGGAAAGAACGGAUGGAGUGACACUGUCCAUUGAUUCAUCCAUGUAUCAGAUGUAUUGUUAUGGUGAUUUUUUUUUUAAUUUUGGUGUUCAAGGGUGCUACUCAGCUCUUGGAAUGGAGUCUGGAGGCAAAGUGAAAAUCAAAGACGAACAGAUCACUGCUUCUUCUUACAGAACAUCCAAUUCAAUGCCGGCAAAAGCUAGGCUCCAUGGGUAAGUGUUCACUUUUUUCUUGUUUUAGUUAAAAUACGAGUUCUUUUCAAUGGUUGUCAUGUCAGUACCAAUAACAGUAACAAAUAAGGUAGGUUCUCCUCACCAAAUCGCCCCUGAAUCAAACAUGUAAGAAAAUAAAAAUAAUCACCCAAUGAGAUACGAAUCUGAAAGCAAUCACGACUUGGUCGCUGGCGUUUUCCCGCGCUUUAGGCUGAUUGGUCGGUUUUACUCUAAGUUCUCAUUGGCUCUUAAAGGUAUUUCCCUUUCUUUUGAUUGGUCAUUAUGAUUACUUUGGUUUUGGUUUUACGACACACAGUCGAAAUGCGCUCUAUAGAAAAGAAUGUAGCCCUUAUUGAAGUUACACAUUUUCAUUUUGCUUUCCAGUGGUAGUGGUUGGUGUCCAAAAGAUACAGAUCACAGUCCGUAUAUUCAAAUAGAUCUUCUUACGCCCCACACCAUCACAGGAGUGGUUACUCAGGGCGGCUAUGGUAACUACGUUGAAAAAUUCAAAUUAACAUUCAGCUAUGACAACUCAAAGUGGUUCGACUACACAGUCCAUGGCAAGGUUACGGUGAGUUAUCUUCAUCUGAAUAUUGCUAAGUUUGACACUGAAUUCUCCAAAUGAAAGUAAAAGAAAAGUGUGACAGACUGUAGGGAGAAUUUAUGUUAAGAUAUUGACUGUACCAUAUACUUUUGUUAUAGGAAUUUGAGGGUAAUAGAAACGCGUUUAUUCCCAAGGAAAAUAAUUUGACACAGCCGCUGACUGCUCGUCUGAUUCGGUUACACCCGAUAUUGGGUAAAAGAAAAGACACGGAGCCUUGUCUCAAGCUGGAGCUGUAUGGAUGUGAACCUAGAGAAGGUUGGUGUUCACCUUAAACGUGCUCUAUGUUAAUCCUUUACACCCUAACAUCAGUAUGCAUAUUCUCCAUACUGUUCUUUAUACAUUUCCUAAGGUGCCGGCAAGGAGAAUUUGUUUACUGAUCAAAAGCUUCUUUCGUUGGUGAUCAUUUCUUUUAUUCUCAUGACCUUCAUGUGUGAUUCAGGGGUGAUACUGUCGGGAGAAAUUAGAUGCCAGUCACUCUUAGGGUUUAAGGGGUUGCAGUAAGCGGAGGUCCAUACCUAAGUAUGUAAGUAACAACUUCAUUAUGACUGUCGACCUAGAGAAGGUUAGUGCGCAGUGUGAACGCUCUUUUUAUUAAGUGGAGCCACAUAACUGUGUAAGUAACGACUUAGUUGUGGUUGUCAACCCAGUGAAAGUUAAUUUACACUAUGGAAACUCUCUAUUUUAGCGGAGCUACACAAUUAAGUAUUGUUACAAUUUUGAGCAUUCGAAUUUUGCGGCGGUUAUUUGUGGGCUGGUGAGUUUUGUGUUUUAAACAAAUUGUGCGGUUUGAAAGCUAGUUAGGAAGUGGCGAGCAUUUUAAUCUAACCACGCUAAGUGAAUUGAACAGGCAUGCGCGGGUUUCUUCUCGCAUGCGCGUGUGACUCACGUUCUUGCCGCGCGUCUGCCUCGUAGCCAGGCAGCGUCGUUAAUGAUCCCCAGAAGUACACGAGUUCGUUAACGGAUUACUAUUUUCCUCGAACUUACUUUUAUCUGAGAAAUGUAACGACAUGCGUCUUCGGGUGACGUAGCGAGCUCUUUAAUCCAAAAGAACCGCGCUUAUCUCAUUUGGAGCAUUACCCUUUCUGUUUCCACCAAAAGUUCAAAUCCACUUGCGGAACUCAAGGGGAACACUUUGUCAUAGGCUCAUAAAAAUAUUAAGACUCUUUCUUCAUCACAACAAUAGAUUGUAAAACGCCAGUUGGUCUUGAGGAUCGAAGAAUCACCAACCGACAGAUUUCUGCUUCCUCCCAUUGGAACAACCAUUAUGCCUUCAACGCUCGGCUGAAUAAUAAGGCAGGGAACCAUGAUGGUCAAUAUAACUGGGGCGGGUGGUGCACCGAUCAAGAGGAUAAGAACCAGUAUUUACAGGUUAGUGCGUGGCUACUUUGCAGCUUGAUAUACAACAAACCUCUGUAUAAUGGAGAAGGUCUCGAUGUUCCGAAUCCCCGUUAAGCAAUGACCAGCCAUCUCACGACCUUUGUAGCGAGGAUUUCAGUGUAACAAGCCCUGUGAAACGAGGGUUCAGGCAUAAGAAACCCCUUUGUACCCGAAUUCUUUUUUCCCAAGAACCUAAACCCCAAAUUCGAAAAAAGUUCUCUCAACAUUAGCGAAGGAUUGUGAAAUUUUUUAAAAAUGGAAGGUUUAGUAGUAAGCUCUUGCAUCCUGGACUGGCGGAUGCUUUUUUCUACUUUUCUUUCGAAUUUACACCUUAAUCUCAAGCAUCAACAGAUCUUUAUCAAGCUCUUUUUAGAAAAGGGUGCUACCACUGAACUUGUGUGCCUUCAUGAUAACUAUACUUACUAGUAUUUGUGCUCUACGUAACUCAGGUCGAUCUGGGUCGGGUGCGGUCUGUGUCUGGCGUAGCAACUCAGGGCUACAUGGGGGAAAUGUUUGUAUCGAAGUAUCACUUGAAUUACAGUACGGAUGGGCUUACGUGGCGUUCCUUCAGAGAGAGGGGAGAAACUAGAAGCAAGGUAUGAGCAAAUACAAAAAAAAGGGAUUAAACUAUGGGGCAGAACUGCAUUGCGAGUCCAAACGGCUGUGCCUGAAUGGAAUGAUUACCCAUCAGGGGCUACCAGUGCGUCUCAGGUUCUCAUAAAGUUUGUAAACCCUUGAGCUCCUAAAUGUGAUUAACAUGUAACUUUUCUAAAAUAUCCAUACAUUCACCAAACAGUUAUUGAGAAUAAUCACUUAUCAGGCGGAAGUUGUCAACUUGAUCUGAUACCUAAUUCCGGGUUACUAAUUUACGUGGAACUGUGUAGCAGCUAGCGAGGAUAAUUAACAAUCAGAAUUUGGGAGUUAAAUGGCUAUUAUGUAUUCAUUGAAAGGUCAUCACAACAUUUGUUUUUUCUCUCGGGAUCCGGAAGAGCAGUUCUACUUUAUUUGUCUUUAAAAAUAAAUAGGUUUGCCAAGCUUUUAUUUCUCCUUUCAUCAGGUUUUCCAAGGCAACUUUGACAACGACACUGUAAUAAAGAGGCGCCUUUCUCACAGAAUAUUUGCUCGUUACAUCCGCUUCAAUCCUUUGGCUUGGAACGCAGGGGGCUUUAUCUGUUUGCGGGUGGAGAUUUACGAGUGUCUUCCAACUAAAGGUACAGAUAGAUUCGUGGACGCGUAUUAAUGGGGUCAACGCAUUAACUGAUAGCAGAAUCAUGCGAGGGUGUUCUUAAAUUUAGUUUUUAUGUACACGACUGUGAUAGAUUUUCAGUUUGUAAGUCUUUGAUUUAGUUUUUUCGCUUAGCUGAUUACAAAUUGUUUGACUGAAAAAUGAUAUACCAUGAAAAUGCCUAAGUUAUUUUUCUUUGUUGAAUUCAGAUCAAAUCCUUUACGUCAUCUAGUGGUAGAUUUGUUCAAGCUAUUGUCAUUUUUAAACUCGGCUUGGUGCUAAGAACUGAGGCGUGGUUCGAUUGAUGUGCUUUCAUGUUCAGUUAGAGCGCAUUUCGAUUGAGUGUCGUUACAACGAGUGGAAGUAAUUUCUGUAGGCUUCAGAAUAAGGGAAAUAUCAUAAGGAAGAGAAGAAAGAGGAAGAAAGUAAAAAAAGAGGCAAACAACGUAAAGCGCGGGAAAACGCGUGUGAUCAAGUAGCUAUUGGUUUGACUUUGAAUCUGAUUGGUUGAGAGGGUAGCGGGAAGCUUUCGGAACCAAUCAGAUGACAAAGUAAAUUUUGACCAAUGCAGUCUCAGAUUACUUACGACACUCAUUGAAAAUCGCUGUACAAGAAAAUGAAGUUAAUCUUUAACGAUUGCAGCUGAAGAGGAGGCCAAGACGCAAAUUACAGUUUAGUUUCUCCGCUUGAUGCUUACUAAAUAUAGUUCCCUUUUCUCGAACUAAACACAACGAGUUUUUAAUUGCUAUAUGCUAAGAGCCCUUCAUCAUUCUUGAAUUAGUUGUGUGACAUUGGAAGCACUGAUUUAAAAACUUGUACUAGUGAACGCAAUUUAUAAUAAAGAGUUUUAUUAUCCAACUCGACUCAUUAUAAUGAGCUUAGACGGUGGAAAAUAUCUUCUACUAACUAAAGAAAUCAACUAUUGAAAGAUUUUAUUUCUGGUUUUUUUUUUUGUCGUAAUUAUGGUAGGAUGCGAAGUGCGGUUUUAAAUCCAGAUAGCGAAAACGUUGGAUAGUGAAUCUCGUAAAAAGCUUUUGAGUGUGUCAGUCUUAACAUUGUGAUUUUUAAGCUAAAAAUAGGAGGGAUGUUGUUCAUGACUAAAACGUAAUUAGAUCUUUGACCCUUUUCCUGUCUUCUGAUUUCUUACCUUUUUCCUCUUUGUGUGCAUGAGAUGAGUUUCCUGUUUCGGCUUGUAGAAUAGCCACAUAAAGAUUUGUGAGCGCGCCAAGGGAGAUUAAUAACAUAUUUUGGUCUCUAAAAUUAUCACCAUGUCUGCCUUUAAUUCCACUCCUGUGAGCUUUGACGUUAACCUUUUAACUCCCAGAAGUGAUUGAUAUGUAACUUCUCCCCAUAAUAUCCAUACAUUAUACAGCAAACAGGUAAUGAGAAUACUCAAACUUAUCAGGUAGAUGUUGUUAUCUUGAUCUAACACCAAAUUCUCGUAAGUGAUUUACAAGGAAAUGUGUUACUGUUAGAGAGAGAAUUAUCAAUUAGAUCGCGGGUAUCAAUACUGGUAUACUCUCUAACUCCCUUUUAACUCCCAUCUAGUCGGUGUACAUUUUCAUUUAUUUAUGCAAUGUAAUUUUUUCACACAAUUUGGCUGAUUGUUAUGUAGUCUCGUCCCAUAAUUGGGUGACAAUUAUUGCAACUGCUAUGAGAAGUUUCAUGUCCAUCUCCUCUGGUAGUCAUUGAUAGCAAUCAAUUUCCCAACAACCGUUGAUGAAACGGUUAUGAUACGAGUCUAAUUGCUGACACCUCUGUGGUUUUAACCUAAAAAUACAAUUAUUAAUUCAGGUUACAAAUCCGCUUUCCAUCUGCCACGCCUUGUGCGAUAAAUCUUAUACUGGUCACGUUUUUUUUUUCAUCCAGGGAGCGUACCGGUAGUUGAUCCGCCAAGUGAGACUGUGGAACUGAAUCGCACCAGUUCUGUCAAUCUGACGUGCCUGGUUUCCGGUCAGCCUGGUGCUGACAUGGAAUGGUAUCGAAACGGACUUGUGAUCCCCUCCCCACCCCCUGCUGCAGUCUUAAGGAAUGGAAGUGUGAAGAGCGUGUUGAUGUUAUCACGUGUUAAGUACAAAGACCGAGGUUCAGUGUUGUCUUGCACGGCCUGGUACCCAGGAUUACCAAUCAAUGCAACGCGGAACAUUCAUCUUCUUGUCCAUGGUAUGUGUUUCCGAUUUUGCGUUUUUCCUCCUGUAAAAUGUAGCCUAUUCUUGUAAGUGUGUCAUGAGGAAUCUGCUUUAAUCUUUUCCAUCCCAAACGUUUAGUUUAUCAUUCCCUUUUGGUUAAUUACUUCCGCUUUGGUGUUUUUCUUCCUUAGGAAAACAUUAUUUUCUGGUUUCGCCUGAUUAUUUUGACUUAACUCCCCUACGUUCGCAAGCCUUUGCGUGAGUGAAGGUGUGUUUACGGACCCUGAACAUUGUUUAUUUCAUUUUAUCCCAGCUCCUCGUCCAGAAGUGGUUAUCAUGGACGUCCAGUCUAGGACUCUCCGUUUCCGAGUUAAAGAUCCCACACCGACAGACACUGCUAAGUACAUUGUUCGCUACAGAAAGCGCUCAGUUUACUGGGACUGGGUACAAGUGGAGCUAAACAAGACCACCAGAGGUGACGAUACUAUGGUCACCUUAGACGGACUGCAUCCUUAUACCGCGUACAUAGUAGAAGUGGCGUCUUACUACAACGACGAUGACGAAGGACCAUUCAGUAUGCCACAGUCUUUUGAGACAAAGGAAGCAGGUGAGGAUCACGUUCUCCUUUUUUUACCUGUUUGUUUGUUUACUUGUAUUGUGAUCAUGUCGUCUGGUCGUCCGGACGUGGGUAGCUGAAGGAUUAUUGUUUCACUGUCGAUUCUCCUCGACUCUAAUGAUGGCCUCCACCAAGGUUGUCGAAACGUAAGUCACUUUUCAAACAAUUGUCCUUCUUAGGACUACCCUUACACGGACGAUUAGACAAUACAAUCGAAUGUUACCCCCGGAUUCAAACCGUUUUUUGGUUCCUCUUUUCACUCGUAAGAUUAGAUAUUUUGGGCUAAUGAUUAAAUCAGGAGACGUCGUUAUGAGUUUAAUCAAUACAGAAUGGUUUCAUUAUCGCGAAACGAACACAUUGAACGUGUCGAAACUAAGUUUCUAACAGAAUCUAUCUAGCCAUAAACAUUUGGUUCCUUCGAGAAGGCGUGUUCACCUUGAUUCAGCGAAAUUCCUUAUACGUGUUUCCCAAACAAUUUGACAGCGGUGGUUUACCUUUUUUAUGGAAUGCUACUUUCAUCCUUCGUCAUCCCUGUUCCUGUUUAAUUUAUUGUCAUUCCUCUACUUUAUUUCUUAACUACUUUUACUAAAGUAAUAUUCUAGAAGUGGUGUUUUUAAACUCUCUCUUAACACGUUUGCUUAUUUCCCGUUCCUCUCGUCUCCAGCUCCUAGCGGUCCACCUCGUGAUGUUGUCAUCAUACCACGUGGCAAAAACGACAUAAGAGUGUCAUGGUUCAUCCCCAGUGCUGAGAACAGUAAUGGAAAAAUCACCAAAUAUGAAGUUAUCUUAUACAAACCCAACGGGGAAGUGUACACUUUCAUAAGCAAAGAGAAGCUUUCAAAGGACAUAAGGGGCCUGGUAAUUAAUCAGAAGUACUACAUUGGCGUGCGUGCCUUUACAAGAGUUGGGCCUGGACCUUAUAGCAAAAAUAUUACCUACUCAAUAGGUAUGAAAUAGAGAGGAAAGUUGUCACCUUCACUAUCUAGAUCUGAAUAUCAACUCUCUCAACUCUACCAAGCAGUUGUCAUGAUCUUGGCCUUGAGAAUUUGGUGUUUGAUUAGUUGCUUUGUGGUUUGGUUCUUGUCCCAAAUGAUCAUUUGCUUGUUUUAAUUUUUUACAGAGAAAAGCAGCGAAGGUUCCCAAAUAACACGCGCAUUGGAGAAACUGAACAAAGUAAGUGGUUCUGUUUAGCUCAAAGAAAACCUUUUUUGACUUUUUCUUCUUAGGCUUUUUAUGCAAUUCAUAAUCUUUCUUCGGAAAGAACCCCGACUCGGUGGUUGACGGAGUUUAAUUUUUCCAGUGCACGAAACAGCACAAAUAUGGCGUAAUUAUUGUUAUAAGCUAUUCAUCUAUCUAUCUUUCAGGUUCCAGUCACUGACGCCAACGCAGUUAAAGUUAUGAAGGAAGUCAAAAAUAUUACAACCAAGUCUUCCGACUUGCAAGAAAAGGACAUUUCAAUCACAGCAAACAUUCUCCAAAAUGUUGUUAAGACGAACAUGACGUCAUCUGAAGUCGGUGAUCACGUGUUGGAUACCAUAAGUCACGUGAUGGAUGUGGAAACAGACGUGUUGCAGAAAACCCGAUAUAAGUUCAACACAUCUGCUAAGUAAGGGUUCAAAGUUAUUUUGAUGGAACAUUCGAAUUGACGGGGGCUUCAUUUCCAUUUGGACACCCUAAAGUGGUUGUGAGGCAGAGCUUCACGUUGCUCUCUGUUUUGAAAUAUUUCCUCUUGCUCUAAAAAUUUAAUCCCUGUAAUUUGUUUUCGCUUCCAGAUUUGUAAAGCUUCUUGACGAGUACAUCGACAAAGGUGGCCAAUUUAGCAGAAGUACACGUAAUCUUGCUGUUCACGAGCAACUCAUUGAAGGAGCCAGUAAUGGGGUCAGCUUGUCAGUCCAAACUACCCAGAACAGUAUUGCGUUUAACGCAAGCGCAAACGCUUCUCGCGGAGAGAACGCGGAAAUCGACGCUAGCGUGACUGUACCCAAUUCCGCUCUGAAGACAGAAGAAAAUGCGACUCUGAUUGUGGUGUACUAUCGCACAAGCAAAUUAUUUGCUCCCAGAUAUUCCCCUGAAUAUCGCAAGACGGAGGAGUGCGAGGAUGGUUUCACUGCCGAGAAGGUGUCCAAAUUCCAGCGGGAAACUGCAGCGCGGUCACGUUAUACGAUGGAAAACGUCACUGGAGAUGUUAUCACAGAAAGCAGCCCGGUGUUGGCUGCGAGUUUGAGGAAAAAGCACGUGUUCAACCUGACCAAGCCCGUCGUUAUUAAGUUUAAAAUGCCUCACGAACAGGUAAAAAUUUGUUGAGAAUAAGAACAGAAUACAAUAUCAUGCAGACAAGUGAUGAGAAUAAAGAAAAAUCUAAAUUAUGGAAUGCUAAUUAAUCCGAUACCAAAUUCUCCAAACAUAAUGAGAAUCGUUUGACAGACAGUAAGGAGAAUUACUAACGAGAUCUGUUUUACUGAAUACCUUACUUACUUUCAUCUCUUCUUAAAACAGAUUAUCGAGAAUAGCACCAGAUGUGUCUGGUGGGAUUUUGAAAGCGGUGAGUGCUACAUAUAUGUCGUUAUUUUAAGUAGCAACUUGUGGCUGAGCGUUAGCUCUCGCUUUCGUAAUUUCCUUAUUGUGUCAGGUGUUGAAUUUGAGGGGUAAGCUAAAUGUUUUCUGUAGGGGUGGUGUGGGAGUUGGGUAAUCCCUUCACCAGCGACUUAGUGGCAUUUGGAGGUAUAGCGUAUAAUUCAUAACAUAUGAUUCAUAUGAUGAUUCAAGGUUAUCAGAGUUGGUAACUUAGAAGAACCUUGUAUUAUCAUGUGAAUUGGUUUGUGAGCUUUGCAAAUGUGAUAUUCCAUUUUUUUUUUUUUAACAUGACCUUGAUCAAAGUAUAUGAAACUAUUUUCUCCGGUUUUCCUACACUGUUCUUAAAUUCUUCCUUGGAUUGUUCCAUGCUUUAGUUUAAAUCCUCUUUAGUCACAGUUACUUUUCUUUUUGUAACUGUGUCCAUGACUGAGAAUUAAACCUGAAAAAUUUUACCGUUUUACAAUAAUUUUUUGUCUCGUUUUUUUUCAUAGAUGAAUGGUCUACUGCCGGCUGUUCACUUCGAGGGAUAGUUGAUGAUACCGUCAUUUGCGAUUGUAAUCACAUGACUAACUUUGCAGUCCUAGUGGUGAGUAGCCUUUUAUUGCAAAUCCCAUCUGCCCUUUGGCCUCCCAUAUAAGGACACUCCCUGCAAGCACACUCCAAGUCACGGAUUGGGACACCCCCUUGUAGCAAACACAAUGUCAUGAACCCAGCUCCUUAACCCUUUACACCCUAACAUCAGUAUGCAUAUUCUCCAAACUGUUCUCUUUACGUUUCCUAAGGGGCUGACAAGGAGAAUAUGUUUAAUAAUCAAGAGUGUCUUAAAUUGGUGAUGAUUUCCUCUACUCUUGUAACCUUAAUGUUUGAUUCAGGAGUGAUACAGUUAGUUAAAAUUAGAUGCUAGUCUCCUUUAAAGUUAAAGGGUUGAAACGUGAGAUUCUGAAACCGCUCUAUGGUGGACCUUUCCUAGUCGUUACGUUUGCGCACAGUAGGAGCGACUAUCAUUCACAUCUGAAACAUGGAGUCUAUGUCAUUGUUUAUUUGCAGGAUGUAGAAGCUCAUACUUCGAAGCCUUGCGGCAAACAUUCUAUGGUGCUGUCGCUGAUUAGUUACAUCGGCUGUGGAUUGUCUAUUUUGGGAUUGUCGCUGACCAUAUUUACUUUUGCAUUUUUCAGGUAAGAGUUUUGAACUUGUUAAUCAUUUCUGUCCAAACUCAGACUUGAAUUUCUUGAUGAUUUUCUACUUUGAAUCAUCCUUUCUAUUGGUUUCUUAGCGAUGUUGCUAGCUUAGAACGAGAACUUCGGAUUUAACCUUAGUGUUCGCAAAUUUCAGCAAAAGCUUCUGAGCAGUGUUGUGCCCGGCAACUUAGUUCUAACAUUUUUAGGUCCGUGAGCGAAACCUCUCUGUGGGACAAUCUCACUAAAAGCCUCUAACUGUACUUUUCAUCACUUUGUAUAAGGUGGUGGGGACUUUUAAAUCUGGGAAUUCUAUUUUGUGUGAUCAUUCAAUUGAAAGCAAUGUAACACUUGUUUUUGGCGGUGCUGGUAAUUCUUUUGCAUAAUGUGGCUCUGUGUUUGUACUGCGUAUAAUUGUGUGAUGUGUAAGGAAAAGCUUCUGAGAGGUGUGCUCAGCCAGCUUCUCUCUUUUGAUCGUACAAGAUUGGGGUCUUGACAAUUUUUUACACUUGUGUUUAGGAAAAUGUUUUCAUGAUUUUCUUUUUUUCAAUCCUCGAUCACAGGAAGCUUCGAAAGGAUCAAAUCGCUGCUAAAAUUCUGCUUCAUCUGUGUGUCUCGCUCCUGUGUGUGCUAAUCGUGUUUGUCGCGGGGGUGGAGAGGGGCGGGAUGGCAGAGGACGCCUGCCGGAUCGUAGCAGCCCUUAUUCAUUACUUCUUGUUGGUGGCGUUUCUGUGGAUGUUGAUCGAGGCGUAUUUCAUGUACCAAGCAUUUGUUAAAGUAUUCAGAGACUUUGGGGAUUACGUGAUAUGGAAAUGUACGGCGUUGGCUUGGGGUGAGUCAGUUGUACGCGUUAUCGAAGAAACAGAGUCAUAGUUUGUGGUUCUUUUAGAGUACAAACAAGAUUUUUAAAGUUUUUUAAAAGGCAAUCGGAGAUAAUCUUUUCCAUCCUCAUGUAUUCUUUUUCGACUUUUGUUGAUUCUCCGCAUCUAAGUGUUUUUUACUCGAUUGAUCUAACAUUUUCGGUCUGCCUCACGUGAAGUGAAUGCAAACGUUGUUCAAAACGACUAAGAGAAUCAUAGACGAGAAUUUGGUGAUGGCGAUGCGCAAUUUUCAGCCAUGGUGCACGAAAAUAUUUUGGAAUGUCACGAAAAAAGUGUUGAUGUACUUUUCAAUUGUUAGCAGCAAGCAACACAAGAAAAAUUUUAGUGCUCUCAAGAAGAGACAUAACUGUGGAGUAACAAGAAAGUUAUUUGUAUUAACAGUCAAAUUUUUUAAAAUCAAAGUUUAAUCAUUACCUCAACCUGGACGCUAGAAGAACCGUGAGGUUUUUUAAGCUAGCCUCUACCCAAGCUAACCCCUGUUCCUACCCUCUUAUCAGAACCGUUUCUGAUGUAAAGGACGCUUCAGUUAGAGUUAUUUUGUCCUCAUUUUACAGGUGUGCCUUUCCUCGUGGUUAUCGUUACUCUAGGUGUGGAUAAAAGUAGCUAUGGUGGAGAAAACUAGUAAGUGAAACAGAGAUACAAUUGGGUUUCGAAUAUGAGUGACCAAGACAGAAUUUCUCCUUACAAUAUCUAUACAAUAUCAAGCAAACAAGUGAUGAGAAUAAAGAAAAUGUCAAUUAGGGAAUUAUUAGUUAAUCCAAUACCAAAUUCUCAUAUUUAAAAUUACUGAUAAUUGUAUGGCAGACAAUAUGGAAAAUUACUAAUGGGAUCUUUGAAGUAAAAGGGUUAAGAAACUUAAAACUUCGAGUAAUUUCAACUCUGGACAAAAAGUUUUGGUUUUGGUAUUAGCGUGAGGUUACCGUGCUUUAUUCUGGGACAAGGAAAUUUGACCCUCACCAUGCCUCCCCUCGCUCAUUUCAUUCUAUGCGAGCCAGUCUCGUUCUCAGACCUAACUUUCCCUUAUUGAGGUUGAUAUAUGCUGUAUAGAGUUUUGGAUAAUUAUAUCACCGUCUUUAUUUAAAUACUUUUAGGUAAAUUCAUGAAGCUUUAUUAAGAUAUAUAGAUAAGUAUUGCUUGUUAAAAAUUUUCAAGAAAGAGCAUGAUUUUUUCCCGUUAAAUUUCGAUGCGUUGAGUAAGAUUUUAAGGAUUAAAUACUUUACUGAAAUGCAAAUAUUUUGAUGUUAACAUGCUUGGGAGGGGGAGCUAGGGACUCUGAAAUUGACACCUGAAAAGCACGCACUUAAUGAGACUGUGUUGGUUAUUGAAUUGUAAAUAUUAGACAGAUAACGAUGGGAAAGUGGGUCUAAAUCGGCCAUCUUUAAAACACGCACUUAACGAAGUGUUUCGUUUGUUUGUUUUUUCAGCUGUCGUAUCGGGGACGUGGCAUUCUUUGCUGCUUUCAUGACCCCUGUAGUGUUUGUUAUUUUCAUCAAUACCAUAACUUUCUUACUGAUCAUGUAUAAACUGGCCACGAGACCCCCGAACGCUGCCGACCCAGACCGAACUAGCGAAGGACUCUUGAAAAUCAAAAGAGCAUUUGGAAUUCUUAUCUUAGUUGGUAUCACCUGGAUGUUUGGGUUCUUUGCUGUUAGGGAAGCCCGUCUUGUGUUCCAGUAUCUCUUUGCGAUCUUCAACAGUCUCCAAGGCUUUGCUAUCUUCAUGUUUUAUUGCGUGAUUCAGAAGAAAGUGCGCGAGUGUUGGUGGGCGCUUCUCACGUGUAAUCUGGGAAGUUUAAAGAAGUCGAAGUCAAUCUACACAGACUCUUACGAUCGUCGGAGGCUGUCAUCUGCUAGCAGGGUUCAGCUUGAUGCCAUGAGGGCCAGAAGUAACACAGCAUUGUCCCAAGUGAGUCUUUUUUUUUUAAUUAUGAACUUCCUGAUACCUUCUGUAUUGUUUUAUUCAGAGAAACCUCUCGACGCCUCAAUCUGUCUUUCGUAAUAGUUCCUAGUUCCUCACCUGUCUCCAACAUAGUAUCUUUUUGUUCGUCUACGUUUGUAACUGUCCCUCACUCUCAACGUUCCUCUUUUAUUGCCGCGGUGACGGCCUCCAUGUUAUCAUCUUUGAUACAUCCUCUUCUGUUUGUCUUGUACGUGUGAACAAGUUGAUUACAACCUUGUUACUGAUUUAAUUGAAGACUGAGAGACAACAAGCCAAGGAUCUUAAAGAAGCGAGGGAAAAUUAUAUAACGGAGCCUAAAUGUUACCUAAUGAUGGCUUCGUUUUCAUUUUAGAUCCUUCAAAUGCCAUUACGCAAAGUAAGCAGUUUCCCAGAAAUAAUCGUGCCGAGAGGUUCUGCGAAUAACGUAAAUUACCAUAGCAACAUGGUUUACGAAGACGAGCGAACGCAGCUUCCAACUGUAGCCAUUCAAACAUGCGAUUAUCAACUGAGCGGAAGUGAAGGAAUAGAAGUUGACGAGUCUAUGGAUAGUCUUUCAUCUCGUUCUGCCUCCAGAUCACCUAGUCUCCGAUCACGCUCGAUUAUUGUCACGCAAUGUGGUGAACCUGUCACACAUUCUCGUGCUCCCAGCAUUCGUAGUUGCCAGGUUACUGCGAAUUCUGAGCAUUCGACACCGAAAUUUUUCCGGCUACCAGUAAAACGUAUCAAUAACCAGCGAUCAGUGGGAGCUCUGAAUUGGCCACGGGAAUGUAUGCGUCCUAAAGAAACUCUAAAAAGGACUGCUUCACACACUCCUGAGGUUCAGAGACCAGCGAACCCAAGCUCGUCUCUUAGAAGAACUAGGUCUGCCUGUUCAUUCGAUGACACUCGAUUCAGCGCAGAUUUUAGUAUAUGCAGCGAUCAGACUUCAUGCGAAUCACUGAGUUCAGAAGCUCAAACACCCACAAUCAAGAAGUAUCUUGGAACACCGUUUGAAAACGUUGGUAAGUUUAAUUUAAAAACCGAAAUGCAAAAUCACUAUUUUCAACAUCGAAAACGCAACGGUUCAUAGGUCUUUCCUAAAGUGAGUGAAGAUCGUCUUCCUUGCAGCAAAAGUCCCUUAACCCAAGGAGUGACUGACUUCUAAUUUCUCCGCCUAGGGUUAAAUGUAAAGAGAGAGAGAGAGAAUGCAGAAAGCUCCUGAUUGGAAUAAAAAUUCUCCUUGUCAGUACCAUAAGAUUAGUUAAGAUGACAAUAUGGAGAUUAUGAAUACUGAUAUGAGGGCACAAAGGGUUAAACACCCAUCUAAGCGCAGUGUUUUUGUUUCAUUGGUUAAAACACUGUGAUUUCAUCCUGUGAAACGUCUAUCUGCUAUAGUUUCUCACAUUUUAAACGGCAAUUCCAGUUCCGGCCUUCAUUUUGAGGCUGCCCUUGGGACUAGAAAGAAUCCCAGAAUAGAAGUGUCCAGUAAACGAAUGUAACAAAUGUACCUUUUUUCACGUUAGACCCCAGUACAAAAGAAGGUGGUGUCCCAAAAUAGAGGGUUCCACUUUAUAGUUGAUAAUCUUCUUUGUCUAUUCCAGGUGCACAAAUUAUUGGACCGCUAAGAGGCUCAAUAAGAGGAAUUGUGGGAUAUGUUGAAACCACUGUAGAGAAUUUCGACCUUCUGAUUGACUUUGAGAAGCAAAGGUCUCUUUCAUCUCCUGAACGAUCAAUUCACCACGUGUAAUACCAGUAAUGGAGCUCUAUCCUUCUCAAUAGACAGCGUCGGGCCGUGCCAUUAUUGUUACAUUAGGAAACGAGUUUACGAUGUUGAGUUUAUCUUGUUUUAAGGAAGCAUAGCUUUUUGUGGAAUCAUAGUAAAAUCUUUGGCGCGUGACGUUCCAUAGCACCGCGUGACUAAUCUGUUGGUGGCUUGGAAUCACAAUUAGCUGGUCACGUAACGGUGUUAUGAAAAUAGAGAAGGCGAUUACUUGUUUGAUCCUGUUUUAAGGAACGCAUAAAUAGUCACAUGAGAAUCUUCUUUGUCAACUGGCUGACAAUUUAUUGACAAUUGCCAGGGAGUUGCUUUCGCAUCAUUGUCAUAAAACAUUGCAAGAUGGACAUAUGUUGACAAUUUCAAGUUUGGAAAUAGUAUAAAGAGCGUUUUGCUACCAGAUAGGUACCUCCUCAGUCACGCACCUUUUUUCAAAUCGCGUUGAAAUUUUAGCUGACGGCUGCUAGCGAUAAUGGUAUAUCACUAUCACACAGCCUGAAUCGGCCAGAGUUAUUUUUUUGCGUUUUCUUUUUGAUCCAGUGCUCUCUCCGAAAAAAAAGGCUUCUAAGCCUCGGCUUGUAAAUAUAAAAUUAAUGUAAGCUUUACCUGACUCUCCGGCGUUGAUUUAAGCUGGGAAGAUAGUUGUAUUCUCAACUGAAACAAUUGUUAAAGAAUAAAGGAAUUACUUGUC